UGCUGUUCUUUAGACAUCCAACAAGAUUUUAUUGCACAAUGUUAACUGGAAUGACAACGCAAAAUGCUCUCCUAUUUCUAUGUAGCCACAAAAUACGGAGUGUGCCAACAAUUACUUUUCUCUCCGACCGUUUUCUUAUAAAGAAAGCAGCAGAGGCUCGCGGUUACAUAUAAAUAUGUAUAAUAUUACUAUUGACCAACUGUUCUCGAACAAUGUUAAACGUCUUAAUUUAAAAAGUGCUUGUGCAACUACGGCUAGUGACUAAUUUUGACCUAUAUUGCGUGCACACGCAGGAACCGGCAGAGGCGGGCAUGCACGCAGAGUCCCGGCCGGAGUCUCCGCGCUGGGGGGCGUCAGAGGAAAGGACCACAUCUCUCCCCGGCCCUGCGCUUUAGGGGCGUGUCCGAUUGGUAUAGCCGGCCAGCUACGCACGGAGCCGCAGCGGAUCGGGACUCCUGGGGGGAAGAGGCAGAGGUAGUCAUGUCGGGGAGCGGGAGUAUGUGCCCAACGGAGGCGCAGAAUGGGGGGUCCUGCGGCGCCGCCAGGGAUCCACGUGUUAUCGGCCGGGCCGUCGGCAACAAAGUCACUGUGGUGCUCGGAGCUCAGUGGGGUGACGAGGGCAAGGGGAAAGUCGUGGACCUGCUGGCCCAGGACGCCGAUAUCGUUUGCCGAUGUCAGGGCGGAAACAAUGCCGGACAUACUGUGGUCGUGGACGCCGUGGAGUAUGACUUCCACCUCCUUCCCAGUGGCAUCAUCAACCCCAACGUCACCGCGUUCAUAGGCAAUGGAGUGGUGAUCCACCUGCCAGGCCUCUUCGAAGAGGCGGAGAAGAACGAGCGAAAGGGAAAAGGUCUGGAGGGAUGGGAGAAGCGGCUGAUCAUUUCGGACAGGGCGCACAUCGUUUUCGAUUUCCACCAGGCGGUAGAUGGAGUCCAGGAGCAGCAACGGCAGCAACAGGCAGGAAAGAAGUUGGGAACGACGAAGAAGGGCAUCGGGCCGGUUUACUCAGCCAAGGCGGCCCGCAGCGGCCUCCGGAUAUGCGACCUCCUCUCCGACUUCCAUGACUUCUCUGAAAGGUUUAAGGUGUUAGCGAUGCAGUACAAGGCCAUGUACCCGACGCUGGAGGUCGACAUCGAUGGCGAGCUUGAGAAACUGCAGGUGUACGUGGAGAAGAUCCAACCUAUGGUGCGGGACGGCGUGUACUUCAUGUACCAAGCACUGCACGGGCCCCCGAAGAAGAUUCUGGUGGAGGGGGCCAACGCAGCCCUCCUGGAUAUUGACUUUGGGACGUACCCCUUUGUGACUUCCUCCAACUGCACCGUGGGUGGAGUGUGCACGGGCCUGGGCAUGCCCCCCCAGAAUGUGGGCGAGGUGUACGGCGUAGUCAAGGCUUACACCACACGUGUGGGGAUCGGAGCCUUCCCCUCCGAGCAGAACAAUGACGUCGGUGAGCUCCUGCAGACCCGGGGGAAGGAGGUGGGCGUGACCACGGGUCGCAAGAGGAGGUGCGGUUGGCUGGACCUGGUGCUAAUUAAAUACGCCCACAUGAUCAACGGUUUCACUGCGCUAGCCCUAACCAAACUGGACAUUUUGGAUGUGUUUUCUGAAAUUAAAGUUGGCGUGGCUUACAAGGUGGACGGCGAAUUAAUACCUCACUUCCCAGCUAACCAAGAAGUCUUACAAAAGGUGGAGGUGCAGUAUGAAACGCUCCCUGGCUGGAACAGUGACACCUCUGGCGCUAGGACGUUUGAAGAUUUGCCCGAGAAGGCCCAGAAAUACGUCUCCUACAUCGAGUCGUACCUGGAGGUGCCUGUCAAGUGGAUCGGCGUGGGCAAGUCUCGGGAGUCCAUGAUCCAAGUCUUCUGAGGGGCCUCGCUGCUCCCGGAAGAGGGUUGCCGCCGGCCCAUCUAGACGUCCCACUCCUCCCCCCCCCCCCUGCUAAUCAAGGCCCUGGGGCUUAUAAGGUUUGGGGGACCACAGAGGCACCUAGCUACAUAUGGACACUUCUCUGUGUGGGGACCUCUCUGUCUUCUGUGUGAUGCCAGAGGGACAGUGGGCCAAUCAGGGGUCGGGGGGGCCUUUUUGGAGCAGAUGAGCUCAUCUGCUGUGUACAUGCAGGUCUCUUCCUUACUGUCCCAGGACCGCUACACCCUUGGCUCUGACUGGCAGUAACAUAAACAGCAACAAUAGUAAUAACAAAAAUGAUUAUACUCUUAAAACAUGGAUGGCUCCCCCCCCCCCCCCCCCCACUCACUCCCGUUCUCCUCUCCCGGUCUGGGAGGCUCUGGAACCUCAGAAUCUAAAAACGGAACCACGUCCGCAUGCCGUGUGUCUUGUAGAUGUCUAGUUUCGCCUCAGCUUGGGAAAUGUCCAGUCUUCAUUCUACGUUCUCCGUUGUCAGUCUGUCCUUUGGGAACAUACAGGUACGCGCGUGUGUAUUUGUGUGUGUGUGUGUGUGUGUGCGUGUGUGUGUGUGUGCGCACGUGCGUGCAUGCGUAUAAGGAGACCUUUAUGAUAUAAAAAGUUUCGACCCCACA